GAGUGAGGGAGAGGGGGAUGCUUCUCGCGAUCCCUUCAACUUUGGGUUUUUAACCUGCUUCCCUCAUCCUUUCUCCUCUCCCGUUUUCAAUCAUCCUCCCCGGAUUUUUACAUACUUUUGCAGUAUAAAUAUUGCAUUUAUAGCAAAACACCUUUGCUGCAAUUAAUGGAGAAGUUGUGACCAAGAAUGGAUCCUCAGUCUUUCAUCAGGUUAUCAAUAGGAUCAUUGGGACUGAGAAUCCCCAAACUGCCCUCAAACAGUCCGGAAUCUCGUCCUUGUUCUUGUGAGAUCCGUCUUCGAGGCUUCCCCGUGCAGACAACGUCAGUUCCCUUUUUACCCUCACCCGAAGCUACCCCAGAUCCUAACAGCAUAGCCUCCAGCUUCUAUCUGGAGGACUCCGAUGUAAAAUCACUCCUCCAACCGGGCUGUUUCCACACGAACCACGCCUGCCUGGAGAUAGUUGUCUUUACAGGACACAAAGGUACCCAUUGUGGGGUUGCCAUUAAGAGGCAGCAAGUUGGUACAUUUAGGUUGGAAGUGGGCCCCGAGUGGAGUAAAGGGAAACCUGCCCUUCUCUUCAAUGGCUGGAUUGGGAUUGGCAAGAACAAGCCGGGUGCCAGUGGCAAACCUGGGGUCGAGCUUCAUCUACGGGUGAAGCUUGAUCCCGAUCCCAGAUAUGUUUUCCAGUUUGAGGAAAAGACUAAACUUAGCCCUCAGAUUGUUCAGCUUCAAGGGACCAUCAAACAACCCAUUUUCAGCUGCAAGUUCAGUCAAGAUAGGGUCCCACAGGUGGAUCCAUUGAGCAACUUUUCAUCAGGCUUUCCUCAUGGCUCAAACCUUGAAAUGGAAAGAAGGGAGAGGAAAGGCUGGAAGGUGAAGAUACAUGAUCUCUCCGGCUCUGCAGUAGCCGCCGCCUUUAUAACAACUCCCUUCGUGCCGUCAACGGGUCGGGAUUGGGUCGACCGGUCCAAUCCCGGAGCUUGGUUGAUCGUGCGGCCCGACCCAUUCACGCCUGACAGUUGGCAACCGUGGGGGAAACUCGAGGCUUGGCGAGAACGCGGCGGGAUCAAAGAUUCCGUCUGCUGCCGCUUCCACCUCGUCUCCGAGGAAGGAGGCGGCGGCAGCGGGGUUCUCAUGUCAGAGAUACUCGUCGGCGCCGAGAAGGGCAUGGAGUUUUGCAUAGACACCGAGAAACGGGUUCCAAAAGCGGGCGGUGGCAGCAGCGGCGAUAUGUCGGUUCCAGGUGGUUUCGUGAUGAGGUGUAGGGUGCAACCGGAGGGGAAAUGCCGGAAGCUUCUGGUGCAGCUAGCGAUGCGGCACGUGACUUGUGUGGAGGAUGCCGCCAUCUUCAUGGCACUCGCGGCGGCCGUUGAUCUCAGCGUGGAGGCAUGCAGGCCGUUCCGCAGUCGGAGGCUCGGGAGGGGCCCGCGCCGGCAUUCAUGGUGACAUAUGUCUUCUUGUUGAAGUAGCACACUUUGAGUGUUCAUCUGUUUCUAUCAACUGGCCAAUGGAGGCACUGAUCUGAUAUGUGUAUUAUCUUUGAUGGUUGUAAUAACUACUGUGUCCUCAU